UCCUGUCGCAUCCUCCUCUUCGAGUCUCGGAGACUCUCGCCUAUUCUUUCUUCUUCUUGUCAGUCGAUUGAUCCCUAGCGCAUUCUUCUCUUCGAGUCUCGGAGACUCGCCUCUUUUUUUCUUCUUCUUCUUCUCAGUCGAUUGAUCCCCAGCGCCACCUCCUCUUUGAGUCUCAGAGACUCUCGCCUCUCUCGCCGCCUUCUCUUCGAAGCCACAAGCCACACGCAUCACAGGUCAUGUGGGCUACACAUAUUUAACAGAUGCCCGUGGUUUUCCUAUGGACAAAGGGAGAACUAAUCAGGCAACCCAAAUGUUUGAGAAUCUGGGUGGUAUUUUGCGAAAAUUCAUUUUUUCAAUUCUUUCCAUUGGUCCUGUUCCUAGUCACAUUGCUUUCAUCAUGGAUGGGAAUCGCAGAUAUGCUAAGAAGCAAAAUCUCAUAGACGGGGAUGGCCAUAGGACUGGGUUUUCAGCUCUUAUGAAUAUGCUAAAAUACUGUUAUGAGUUGGGCACAAAACAUGUGACAGUUUAUGCCUUCAGUAUUGAUAAUUUCAAAAGAAGUCCUGAAGAAGUUCAAUCUAUUAUGCAAUUGAUGCAGGAAAAGAUUGAAGGGUUAAUUGAAGAGGAAAGCAUAGUGAACCGCUAUGGAAUUAGGGUUUACUUCCUAGGAGACCUUAAACUCUUGAACAAACCUGUCAGGUUGGCAGCCGAGAGGGCUAUGGGUGCCACUGCCAAAAAUUCGAAAGCUGUACUGUCAAUCUGUAUUGCCUACACGUCCUUGGAUGAGAUUACGCAUGCUGUUCAAGAAUCUGUUGAAGAGAAAUGUGAUGAAAUCAGAGUGUUAAACACUAGUGGUGCUGGGUAUCAUCACAGAGAGCAUCUAAUUAAUGUGACAGAUAUUGAGGAACAUAUGUAUACAGCAGUUGCACCUAAUCCUGAUAUCAUAAUACGUACUUCUGGUGAGACCCGCUUAAGCAAUUUUCUUUUGUGGCAGAGUGCAUUUUGCAUUCUGUACUCUCCCUCGGUGCUUUGGCCAGAGAUUAGUGUUUGGCAUUUGGUUUGGGCAGUUUUGGACUUCCAGAGGAACUACUCUUAUUUGGAAGAGAAAAAGAAGCAAGCUUAAAUUUGCAGCUUUAUUUUUGGAUAGCUUGGAUUUACAUUUUGCUAGUGGAAAUUACUUAUUUAAGGUAUCUGGAAUCUGAGUUAUUCCCUGGUAAACAUGGAAGAUUGUUGUAUCAAUAUUCACAUUUGUGUGGUGUAGAAUGAUACUGCACCGGCUCGACUCUUUCUCUCUCUCUCCCACACACUGACAGUUUUCAGAGCAUGUAUACUUAAUUUCACUUCUCUCAAGUUCCAAACCUGGGUUUUUCUUUGCGUUACUCUAUUUUUAUGUUCCCUUGUGGAUUUGUUAGGAAAGGGAAAUGCCUAAGAUGCUAGAUUUAUGAGGGUUCUCUAAGUAGAGACUAGGGUUGUGGGACUUGUGUUCUAUUUGAGGUAUGCUUCAUCUUCUCAAAGAUUCAUAUGUGACUUUGAC